UCUUCGAACGCAAGCGCGUUGUGAUCUUCAGACUUUGAAAAGCAUUCGAGGGGCGCGCCCGCGCCUGCCGUCGUAAUUUGCAGCGCGACGUACCUAUUCCGCUCGUGGCUUGGCAGGCACUCCGGACACGAUGGCCCUGGUGUCUGCUGAUUCCCGCAUCGCGGAACUUCUCACGGAGCUCCAUCAGCUGAUUAAACAAACCCAGGAAGAGCGUUCGCGGAGUGAACACAACUUAGUGAACAUCCAGAAGACCCAUGAGCGGAUGCAGACAGAGAACAAGAUCUCUCCCUAUUACCGGACAAAGCUGCGCGGGCUCUAUACGACCGCCAAGGCUGAUGCGGAGGCUGAGUGCAACAUACUCCGGAAAGCUCUAGAUAAGAUAGCGGAAAUCAAGUCCCUGUUGGAAGAAAGGCGGAUUGCGGCCAAGAUUGCGGGCCUGUACAAUGACUCGGAACCCCCUCGGAAGACCAUGCGCAGGGGGGUGCUGAUGACCCUGCUGCAGCAGUCCGCCAUGACCCUGCCCCUGUGGAUCGGGAAGCCUGGUGACAAGCCCCCACCCCUCUGUGGGGCCAUUCCAGCCUCUGGGGACUACGUGGCCAAACCUGGAGACAAGGUGGCCGCCCGGGUAAAGGCUGUGGAUGGGGAUGAGCAGUGGAUCCUGGCUGAGGUGGUCAGUUACAGCCAUGCCACCAACAAGUAUGAGGUAGAUGACAUUGAUGAAGAAGGCAAAGAGAGACAUACCCUGAGCCGGCGGCGCAUCAUCCCACUGCCCCAGUGGAAAGCCAACCCGGAGACGGAUCCUGAAGCCUUAUUUCAGAAGGAGCAGCUCGUGCUGGCCCUGUAUCCCCAGACCACGUGCUUCUACCGUGCCCUGAUCCACACGCCCCCACAACGGCCCCAGGAUGACUAUUCAGUCCUGUUUGAAGACACCUCCUAUGCAGAUGGUUACUCCCCUCCCCUCAAUGUGGCCCAGAGGUACGUGGUGGCUUGUAAGGAGCCCAAGAAAAAGUGAAGUGGGCUGGCAGACUCACGGUCUCCUGCCACCCUCACAGGGGAAUGCAACAAAAGGUUUUGUGGCAAAUAAAUAUUGUUCCCCUUUGCCC